CAUCUUCACACCGAAAAUACCUAACCAUCAACAACGUUCCAAUACUACUAGAAUCCCUCUCGAAAUUAUCAUAAAUUCAUCAUGGCUGAACCCGCCAAAGCAAUUCACGCAACGCUCAUCCAUUCCCUCUCCCCCACUCUACUCCAAAUCAUCCCCGAUGCCCUUAUCACCGUCUCCUCUUCCGGCACAAUCCUCACUCUCCAGCCCAACAUCCCCUUCUCCAACAUCCACAAUAUCCUCGCGGAACAAAAUAUCGAGCAAAUUCCUCUCACCAAACUCUCCCCAGGCCAAUUCCUCAUCCCAGGCUUCGUCGACACGCACAACCAUGCCCCGCAAUGGAUGCAGCGAGGCCUGGGCCAGGGAAUGCACAUCUUGGACUGGCUCGAUGGCAUAACUUUUCCCAACGAAGCCAAGUUUGCGGAUGCUUCCUAUGCGGAAAAUGUUUACGAGAAGCUCGUCCGGGGGAUGCUUAGACAGGGCGUCACGACGGCGUCGUACUAUGGCUCUCUGCAUGGGGAAGCAACUCGUGUGUUAGCAUCUACGUGCUUGAAGGGAGGUCAGAGGGCGCUUAUUGGGAAAUGCAACAUGGAUCGAAACUCACCGUCGUUUUACUGCGAGGCCUCUGCUGAAGAGUCUAUCUCCGCGACGAGAUCGUGCAUUCAGCACAUUCGAACCAUUGAUCCGGAGGGUUCUCUCGUCAAGCCCGUCUUGACACCUCGUUUCGCAAUAUCGUGUACGGCACCGCUCCUUCAAUCUCUGGGCGAAAUGGCACGCGAGGACCCUUCUCUGGCCAUCCAGACGCAUUUCAACGAAGCCGCGCAGGAAAUCAACGCAACCUUGUCUCUCUUUCCGGAGUUCACUAACGAGGCUGAUUUGUACUCGUCCUUUGGACUUCUUACGCCGCGAAGUAUUCUUGCGCACUGCACCAUCAUGACGUCGUAUGAGAUACACAAGCUUCAGGACUUGGGGUGUGGCGUCGCUCACUGUCCUACUGCGAACAUGACCGUCGGGGGAGGCUUCAUGGCUGCUCCUGUCAAGGAGUUUCUUAGAAGGGGUAUUAAUGUCGGUUUGGGCACGGAUUCGGGGGGUGGAUAUAGUUCGAGCAUGUUGAAUGCGAUGAGGCAUGCUCUGAUUACUUCAUAUGCGAGAGAAGCCCUGUAUCCGAAAUUCGAGUCUGAGAAGGAUGAAAGCGUUAGCAAAGAAGGCAAUGGAGGAGAAACAUUGAGUUUAGAAGAAGUGUUUUACAUGGCUACAAAGGGAGGCGCCAAAGUGGUAGGCUUUGACGAUCGGGUUGGUGGAUUUGCUGUUGGGAUGGAGUUUGACGCUUUGGUGAUUGACAUGCGGGAUGAUAGAGAUGGGGUCAAUGUACCGUUGGAUGAAGAGAGUGAUUCGGCGGAGAGGAUGCUGGAGAAGUUUGUCAUGACGGGGGAUGAUCGGAAUAUUGCGCAGGUGUAUGUUAGGGGGAAGUUGGUUCAUGGAGGGGAUGUUUAGGUGUUUGCUGUUUGGGGUGGAAUUAUUCGCUUGUUUUUUUCUUACCCUGGUUCAUAGAAUGCUUAAGAAAUUCGUUGAUAAUGACAACCGGCGCAAAAUUUGCAGC